AUGGCUACUGUAGUACCGCCACCAUCGAAGAAGCAGAGGAAGGCUGCACAGCUGGAAAGAGAAGUGGAUGUUGUUCCUUCAGACUUGCCGGAUGUUCUGAUCAAGUUUGAAGCCUCUGAUGCCCCAGAAGCCUCACAAGACAGGAUCAGAGGUGGCUUCAGAGUCCCCGGUGGCAUCACCGAGAAACAAUUAGAGGAGCUUUUGAACAAGCUGCAACACACAGAGGAUGAUCCAGUUCCUUACUCUUUUUCGUUCACAGCUAAUGAUCAACUAAUGGAUAUAAGGACGUCACUGUAUGCCUCGGUACUGAAACCAGGAUACAAAUCUACAGAAGAUUUCAUUACGUUGCUUUAUACACCUAGAGCCGUUUUCAAGGUCAAACCUAUUACCAGAGCCUCGGGUACAAUUUCGGGCCAUGGUUCUACUAUAUUGGCGGCGCAGUUUUCCCCUAAUGAUAGCUCUAAAAUGGUCACCGGGGCUGGUGAUUCCACCGCCAGACUCUGGGAUUGCAACACUCAAACAAUUCAACACACUUUGGCAGGUCAUACAAAUUGGGUUUUAUGUGUUAGCUGGAGUCCAAGUGGAGAUGUAAUUGCCACCGGAAGUAUGGAUAACACGAUCCGUCUUUGGGAUCCUAAGACUGGAAAGCAGCUAGGAAAGCCUUUGGCAGGUCAUACCAAAUGGAUCUCUAGUAUAUCGUGGGAGCCUUUGCAUGCAGUUGCUGUUGGAGAAAAGCCACGACUGUGUUCAGGUUCCAAAGAUGGAACCAUAAAGGUCUGGGAUACCGUAAGAAACGUGUGUCUUCUGACGAUGUGCGGUCACGCGUCAAGUGUUUCCUGCAUUCGCUGGGGAGGAGCUGGAUACAUUUAUUCUGGAUCUCAUGACAAAACUGUCAAAAUGUGGGAUGCCAAAGAUGGAAAGUGUGUAUCCACUCUGAAAUCACACGCUCACUGGGUCAAUCAUCUCUCGUUAUCUACAGAUUACGCUUUGAGAAUGGGACCAUAUGACCACACUGGAGUCAAACCAAAGGAUGAUGCUGAAGCGAAACAAAAUGCUCAAAAGAAUUACAACAAGGUUGCUAUGGUGGGAGGAAAAGCCAAGGAGUUGAUGGUGACUGCUAGUGAUGAUUUCACAAUGUUUCUGUGGGAUCCUCUUUCAUCAACCAAGCCCAUAUGCCGUAUGACAGGUCAUCAGAAGCUGGUAAAUCACGUCUCGUUCUCUCCUGAUGGUAGGUACAUUGCUUCCGCUUCGUUCGAUAACUCUAUCAAGCUGUGGGAUGCGAGAACUGGAAAGUUUAUCACUUCUUUCAGGGGCCAUGUUGCCUCUGUUUACCAAGUGUCUUGGUCCUCAGAUUGCAGACUGAUUGUGAGCGCAUCCAAAGACACCACUUUGAAAGUGUGGGAUGUAAAUACGAAGAAGCUGAUGGUUGACUUGCCCGGUCAUUCAGACGAGGUUUAUGCAGUAGAUUGGAGCACUGACGGUAAGCGAGUGGCUAGUGGAGGAAAGGACAAAAUGGUGAGAAUAUGGACUCAUUGA